AUGAUUGUUAUAUAUACAUGGGCCUCAUCUUCACGACUUUAUCAUUCAACCAAGAGGAAAGUAUCGUACAAUCUUACGUGGGCAUAUACGCUGACAUUCCGAUCGUUAGCUGAAGAGCAGCUUGUCGCCACGAUGAUGAGAGUGGCGGCGACUUCAACUGAGUUCGGCUAUCAUGAAACGGCAACACUUGAGGUGAGGAAGUAUGCUUUUAAGGUAUUCUACACAUCAUAA